ACCAAUUUAUCCACCUCACCUCACCUCACCUAACACAUGAUACCUUUCCGCCACUAUAUAUAUAAAUUCAUUUCAAAACACACAUUUUUAUAAGUAACUCACCUACCUAACUCACAAAUCUCACAAAAGCUUUCCUACUUUUUAAGUUUUACAACUUAACCGAUUUUUCUUAAUUUUUCAUUUUCUUCAUUCAAUACAUAUUAUAAUUUACGUUCCAAUUUUCCUAAUUCUGCUCAAUAAGCAGGCAACAGGAGAUUGGUGACAAUAUAGAGUAUAUUGUUCAUCUCUUUCUGAUUUGAAAAGGAUACAUUUCUUGAUUAUGGAGGCUAGAGUUUCGCAAAGUCUUCAGUUAUCCUCAUGGAUCAAUUCAGAUAAGGUUGUAAGGAAAUCGAGUGGUUCCUUGUGUUUCUCGGAGAAAUGGAAUGAAAAACGAAGGAAUCGGAUAGUCGUAUCAUGCCAUUUACAGCCUAGAAAAGCUGCACGUUCUGAUAAGCGAGUAGAGUUGAAAGUUUCAUGUUCUUCUCACAAUGUUCAAGCUUCAGUUCUGGAGUCUGGAUGUCUUUCUGCAUCAAUUGAUGAAAUCGAGACAUUGAAGAAUAAAGCAGAAGAGGUUGAAGAAUAUCUAGAUGGACGAUGUGUAUACCUCGUCGGAAUGAUGGGCUCCGGCAAAACAACUGUGGGCCGGAUUUUGGCAGAAACACUGGGAUAUUCCUUUUUCGACUGUGACAGGCUGAUAGAGCAGGCUGUUGGUGGAACUACUGUAGCUGAAAUCUUUAAGCUUCGUGGAGAGAACUUCUUCAGGAACAAUGAGACGGAGGUAUUGCACAAGCUAUCUUUGAUGCAUCGGCUUGUUGUUUCAACGGGUGGAGGUGCAGUCGUUCGACCCAUUAAUUGGAGACAUAUGCACAAGGGUAUUAGUGUUUGGUUAGAUGUUCCUUUAGAAGCUUUGGCCAAGAGAAUUACUGCUGAAGGAACUAAGUCUCGUCCCCUUUUACAUGAAGAAUCAGGAGACAUUUAUGAUAAGACUUUGAAACGGUUAACUACUUUAAUGGAGACGAGGGGUGACAAUUAUGCCAAUGCCAGUGCCAGGGUUUCACUAGAAAAUAUUGCAGUGAAACGGGAAAAAGAUGUGUGCCAUAUUACUCCUACUGAAAUCGCUUUAGAGGUUCUUAUACAAAUUGAGAACUUCUUAAAGCACCAAGAGAGCGUUGUUGUGCUAUAAGAGUUUUCGCUUCCAAUAGCGGGGAGGAGGGUGGUUUGGUGCUCGACUUGAUCUUUGCUCGCUUGACAAGGGCAUGAUUUUAGGUGUUCGAGACACUUGGAAGUUUUGAUAAUGUUUUUCUUUUGUUUGUUAUUAUUAUGCACUGGAUAUGUAAUUGUAUAUAAUCAACCCCAUUUGUUGGAUCUGUAGUCUGUCCUAAAUGUCCAAUUGUUGUAUACUAAGAACGCAAACUCAAUAAUUAUGUGGUUAUUUCACCAUUUGUGACAGAAUUAAAUAUUUAAAUUUCUCGAGAUAAA